AUGGAAGGCACCGUCUCGAUCCACCACGGCUCCUACGAGGCCAUCCCUACCACAGCCUCGCCAGGUCUGAAAUUCCUCCAAAGAUUCCUACCAGCGCUAGACUCCCUCACUCCCGCCGAAAACCCCAUUAGCCCUUUCUUCACUCCCAGCGCUCCCAUCCUCAUCGGCAGCGAUCCACCAACAGCCGCAAGCCAAGCAGUCCCUCUUAUGGAAGUACGCAGCCAUCACAUCUGCAAAUUCCACCAUCAUGUCCAUCUCGCAUGGGAUAUAGACCUUGGGAGGGACAUAGGUCCUGUUCAAACAUCGUACAACAGGACCGCUCCAAACGAAGAGGCCGCACAAAAGGGACAGCUCUAUGCCCCGCUAGCUGGGAACAUCCAAAUGAAGCGCACGGUUAUGUUCGAAGCGACUUCGGAAACAACAUUCAAAGAGGACCCUGACCAGUUCGCAGUCCGAGUCCGAGAGUUCAACAUUCUCGAUUUGGAAGGUCGUGAUGAGUCGGAUCUGCAGAUCGUUGAAAUGCGCAUCUUUUUGGAUCAGAGACCUAUCCAGGCCCAUUCUGCAAGUCUGUUUACCGGGUCUGGUUAUUCCGGAGAUUAG